AUGCCAACGAUCCGCUCGAACCUGAGUAUUCCGCUCUCCAGCCUCAGCAAAAUUGACGAUGAUCGGAUGGAAGUGGAUUCAGAAGGCGAUAAAAGAAGCGCAACGAGCUUCAGGCCCUUGUGUGAGUUUCCCAGAGAUAAUUCGGAUAAAUUUAACGCUUUUCCAGGCGUCAAAUGUGGAGUUUUUGGAGCGCAGAACGGCUCCGGAUACGCAGAAUUCGGAAACACGAGAGUACUUGCACAAAUGUAAUAAAAUAAAAUUUUAACACGAAACAACCAGAUUUUCUACAGAACUGGCCCGGAUAGCGACGGAAAAUGGGAGGAGAGCUACGCGAAGAUCACAGUGAGCAUCAAAGGACUGGACGAUUCUCGGAUCGCAGAGUACCGUGCUCAACUGACAUCCUCCCUGACGGCCGUAAUUUUCGCCAACAAGUACCCGGGAAAAGUGAUCGACAUUGAGAUCACUGUGAUUUCUGAUGACGGCGGAGUGCUCGCCACUGCUCUCACAGCCGCCACGCUGGCAUUGGCCCAUUCCGGAAUCGAAAACAUGGGGUUGACGGCUAGUGUACACGUGGCACUCGCGCCCAACGAAGACUACAUAACCGAUCCGAGCACCUCCGAACUCAAUACGUCAAUUGGAGGAGUCACCCUCGCCUUCGUGCCGAAUCUCGAUCAGACGACGUGUGUGGACAUACACGGACGGAUUCCCCUUCAGAAGAUCCCGGUGCUUCUUGAGUUUGCGAAACAACGUGCCAUCGCAAUUGUGCCCACACUCCACAAGGCUGUAGUGAACAGUAUUCGCGAGAGGGCCAAGAAGUGACGGAGAGACGCGAUGCAACCGCGCCCCGUCGCACACUGGGUAAAUAAUUGCAAGUCGGCGACUUAUUUGUUGUAUUCCUCCGUUAGUCACCUUCUUUUCCCUGUUGAUUUUCUCUUCUUUCUGUUGUUGACGAAUAUUCUCCGAUGAAUCUUCUUAUUUUAGCCGUCUCUUUCUCUCUCCGAUUAUCGUAGAGUCGUCAAUCGAUUUCCUAAUACCUUUCUAAUCGUUCGCUGUGAAUAGUUGAAAACAGUCUAUUCAGGCCACCGACAAUGAUUAUUCUCGAGCAGAAUAACCGAAUUAUUGUCGAGCUCCUUGAGCAAAAGUUCGCAAACGCUAAAGAAGGGUGAGUUUGCGGCGGAGCAGCUAGAUAAGUUUUAAUUCUUCAUUUCUCAGAGCGAAACACGAAACGGUGAAUGUGACGUUUGCCGAUUUCGACGGUGUUCUCUACAAAUUGUCGAAUCCAGAUGGUGAUCGCAGCAAAAUAAUUGUGAGUUUCACACAAAAUCUGGAUACAGAAUAAAUGGUCUUUUCAGUUGAGCAUUGCGCUGAAAUUCUACACAGAACUCCAACAACACGGCGCCGAUGAUGUGAGUUUAAAAAAAAACUAUUUGCUCGACUAACAAUAAUUUUCUUAGCUUCUGCAACGAGUUUACGGCGGAAACAUGCGCUCAUCGCCAGAAUCGGGCUUCAACGUCACGCUCGAGUACGAUUUGAACGCACUGCCGGCAGAAACGACGGAUUUGGUGCAGAAGGCGUCGGGGCUGAAGAGAAACUGCUUCGCGUCGGUCUUCGAAAAGUAUUUCGAGUUCCAAGAAGCCGGACAGGAAGGGCACAAGAGAGCGGUGAUCAACUACAGAGAGGACGAGACAAUGUGAGAUAUUUUGUGCUCAAGUUACUCAUUUAAAAAUGCGUUUUUCUUUUAGGUACAUCGAAGCGAAAUCAGAUCGUGUGACGGUCAUCUUCAGUACAGUCUUCAAAGACGCCGAUGACGUCAUAAUCGGAAAAGUGUUCCUGCAGGAGUUCCGCGAAGGUCGGAAGGCCAGCCAGACGGCGCCGGCGGUGCUCUACUCUCUGGGCGAGCCGCCGCUCGAGCUCAAGGAUCUGCCGGGAGCGAAAGUCGGCGACAACGUCGGCUACAUAACGUUCGUGCUGUUCCCGAGGCAUACGAACAAGAAGACGCGGGACAACACGAUCGACCUGAUCCACUCGUUCCGGGACUACCUGCACUACCACAUCAAGUGCUCCAAAGUCUACCUGCACACUCGGAUGCGCGCAAAGACCACCGACUUUCUGAAGGUGCUGAAUCGCGCGCGACCGGAGGUGAAGGGCGAGAAGAAGACGUUCAGCGGCCGUACAUUCCAAACUCAAUAG